AAGUUAAGUGUCAUCGAUAUCUAGUUACUCCCACCUCUACAUAAAAUAUUAUUCGCAAAAAAAACGCCGACAAAAAAGAGCAAAGUCAGUAGUAGUGCAAAAAUGGAGCCGACUUUGGAUCAUUACAAGAUUAGCUGCGAGUUGCUGGGCCACAGCUUGGAUGUGCGUGCAGUCGCUGCCGGCGCCGAUACGCCAGGCACUGGUCAAUUAAUUCUAUCCGGCUCGCGCGACAAAAGCACAAAACUGUGGAAGCCGAUCGGCAACGAGUACUUGGAGAGUGUCACACUGCAGGACCACAAGAACUUCAUAUCCUACAUCUGUUACCUGGAGUCCGAGCAGUGGAUCUGCACGGCUAGCAAUGAUGCAACCAUUUGCAUCUAUCAGCACGAAGCAUUUGUGCCUCUGAUCACGUUGAAGGGUCAUGAGUCGACCGUUUGUGCCUUGGCCGCAGGCCUCCAGUCGCGCAGCCUCAUUAGCGGCAGCUGGGAUAAGACGGCACGCGUGUGGGUCAUCAGCGAAACGGGCGAUAUCACAUUCGUUACGCUGCAGGGUCACGAGGCGGCCGUCUGGGCCGUGGCCACCGCACCCACCCAGCAGAAGUAUAUCACAGGCGGUGCCGACAAGUGCAUAUACUACUGGAACCCCCAAGGCCAAAAACUGCGCCUGCUCAAGGGCCACACAGAUUGCGUACGUAGCCUCAUUCCACUACCCGCUAAUUCGCUUCUCUCUUGCGGCAACGAUGCUGUACUCCGAUUCUGGAACGAGGAUGGCGAAUGUGUGCGCGAACUCAACGGCCAUACAAACUAUAUUUACGCGAUGGCCCGCAAUCAAGCACUGGGCGAACAUAUUGUUGUCUCCUGUGGCGAGGACAGCACACUGCGCAUGUGGAACGUGAUAACGGGCGACCAACUGGGUGCUCCUAUCGUGCAUCCAGCGAUCUCAGUAUGGUCCGUGACUUGUUUGCGAAACGGUGACAUUGUGACCGGCUGCAGCGAUGGCGUGGUGCGUGUGUUUAGCCAGGAUCCGACGCGCCAGGCGAAUGAAAGUCUUCGUGCAAGUUUUGAUCAGGCUGUGACCACGCAUAAGUCGUUGCUCAGCGAGGACAUUGGCGGUGUCAAAAAGACAGACUUGCCCGGCCCGGAGGCUUUGCUAUCUAAUGGCACUCGCGACGGCCAAACGAAAAUGAUACGUCAUGUGGAUGGAUCUGUGAAGUGUUACUCCUGGGAACUAGGCAAAUGGUCACUGGUGGGCGAUGUGACCGGUGCCACAGGCGGCGCCCAGGAAACCUCUGGCAAGAAGCUGCACGAGGGCAAGGAGUACGAUUAUGUGUUCAAUGUAGACAUCUCCGAUACGGAGCCGCCCAUCAAGCUGCCUUACAACCGCGGCGAGGACCCCUGGCAGGCAGCCCAACAGUUCAUACAUCGCAAUAAUCUGCCUCAGGCCUAUCUCGACCAAGUGGCCAAUUUCAUUAUAAAGAACUCGGAAAGUGCACCCGUCGUAGCGGCGCAAACCACAACCGGGUAUCAAGAUCCCUUCACUGGCGGCUCACGGUAUGUGCCGGGCUCUAGCAACAGCAAUGUGCGCGGCGGCGGCAACAUGGAUCCCUUUACUGGAUCUUCCAGCUACUCCACUACCAGCAGUCAAACGCAAUCCAAUAUCGAUGUCAACUUUGUGAGCGGCAGCGACAAACAUUUCCCCGUAAGCACCUAUCGCACCUUCGAUACUUGCGAUGCCAACAAGGUGUUGGAGAAGAUGAAAGAGUUCAACAGUAAGCUAACCAGCAACGACGGCAAGGUGGGCGAUGAACUUUUGCUUGCAGUCAUACGAUUGACAGAUAAAUCACCAGAAGUGGAUCCGACCGCACUGGAGGCAUUGCUCAUGUUGCUUAAAUGGCCCGCCGGCAUGCUCUUCCCUGUACUGGACGUAGUGCGCCUAGCAGUGCGUCACGAGGCAAUUUUUAGUCUACUUCACAAUAGCCACAACUUUUUGGGCAGCGUCAUCCCACAGCUGGGCGGUGCGGCGGCCAAUCAACUAAUGGUUUGUCGCUGCCUGGCCAACGCCCUGACCCACCGAGCUGGUCGCCAGCAGAUCGAGACACAACUGCCUCAUGUUGUUGAACUGGUUAGCUGCAUCCGCGCGGGCAGCGCCAAUUUGCAAAUAGCGAUCGCCACGUUCUACUUGAAUCUGACCAUAUCCCAGACAUUGAGCGUGGCCGAGUCGGAGGUGUGCCAUGUGGCCACCUCGGGCAUUCUGGAGCUGCUCAAGUGGGCUAAGGAUCUGGAGGCCUGGUAUCGUUCUAUGCAGGCCAUUGGUAAUCUAACUACCACGCCCUGCAGCCAGGAGAUCAUUGCCCAAGUUGUCUCCGUCGACUUUGUGAUGGAUAAGUUGCGUGAGCUGACAAACACACCACAAGAUGAGAACUUCGCCAAGGUCAACCUAGUGGGACAGGCGCUUCUUGCCGUAUUCUAAGAUCUGGAUCGUUGCGCGCAUUUAUUUUUAAAUUUUUAUAUAUGCGGGAGUCAAAUUUAAUAAAUACAU